AUGAAACGAAUUGUUCAUAUUGAUCUUAAAGGUGCAGCUCCUAAAUUUGAUUAUUUUAAACAGAUAUUUCCAGUAUUAAAGGAACUAGGUGCCACUGGUUUAUUGGUAGAAUAUGAAGAUAUGUUUCCUUAUGAAGGAAAGUUGAGUUCAGUUCCAGCAGGAAAUGCUUUAACCAAAACAAACUUGUUAGAGAUUAUAAAACUUGCAAAUGGAUUGGAACUCGAAAUUAUUCCUCUUAUACAAACAUUUGGUCACAUGGAAUUUAUAUUAAAACUUAAUGAGUUUUCUAACUUACGAGAAUCUGCUGAUACUCCACAAGUUAUUGCCCCUGGUCUUGAGGAUACGUAUGGAUUGAUUCAAACUCUGAUAGAUCAAAUUAUCACAAACCAUCCAACCAGUAGAUAUAUUCAUCUUGGUUGUGAUGAAGUUUAUGAACUAGGUAGAGGACGAUCAGGAGAGUAUAUGAAAAAGAAUAAUUUAUCAAGAUCUGAUAUGUUUUUUGAACAUGUGAGCAAAAAUGUAAGGUAUCUUAAACAGAAAUAUCCACAGAUUACUCCUAUUAUUUGGGAUGAUGAAUUCCGUCACGAGUCUCUAGAAAUGAUAAAAAAAUUUGGUUUAGGAAAUGUACUGGAACCAAUGAUAUGGUCUUACCAACCAAAUCCAAGAAAGAAAUUUUCAGAUGAUAUAUGGGAGAAAUAUGGGAAAGCUUUUAAAAAUGUGUGGGCUGCGUCAUCAUUUAAAGGAUCUACAGGCAGUUCACAGUAUUAUACCAACAUAACUCAUCAUAUGAGUAAUCAUCUGGCCUGGAUUGACGUUAUUUUAGAGGCCAAGAAAAUUGCACCUAAGAUGACAUUUCGUGGUGUUACUUUGACUGGAUGGCAACGUUAUGAUCAUUUUGCUACUCUGUGUGAAUUAUUACCAUCUGCUUUUCCAUCGUUAAGUUUAUGUCUGACAACUAUAAAGAGAGGUGGAUUUACCCAAACUGAUCAUGAACAUGUUCAAAAUACAUUGAAAUGUUCAGACAAAGAAUUAACAAAGUGCACAUUUCCAGGCAAUGAUUUAUAUGCAUUAAUAUUAGAUUUCACAGAGAGGGAGAAUUUUUAUAAGAAUAAUAUUGGACUACAGAGUCGUUUAAACGGUUGGUUGACUGAUUAUAAUAUUAAACAUGGAUUUGGAAGUCCUGGUCAGUUAAAAGUUCUCGAGAAAAAAAUAAAUCAAACAAUCGCUAACUAUACAUCUAUAAGACCAAAGCUAGAAGAAGUAAUAUUAAGAUAUUAUGAUCGAUACACAGCAGAUGAGUGGAUUUCAGUUCAUGUUGAUCAACCACUGAAAUUUUUAUCUGAAAAAUAUAGUGAAGCUGUAAAACUUAUCAAAGUUAAAAUAUUUUCAAAGCGUCCUUUGGUAUCUAAAUACAGUCAAAUCAAUAAUCAACCAAAGUUAGAUAAUACCUUCCCCAACCUGGGUAUAAAAAAGAAUCCAAAUUCAAUCAUGCCAUCCAAUUUUGAAACUAACAGAAAUCCAAAAUCUAAACAGUCCUUUGAAUUUAAUCCUGGAUCACUUAAAACUGGCUUGAAAGAGAAGCCUAUUUAUGGAAGACAAAAUGAGCUAACAGGUAAUAAGUUUAACAGUCAAAAUAUUCCAAAGCAACUAAAUUACAAUAUUCCAGAUAGUAAUUAUAGACGAAAUAGAAAUAGAAUAGUAUAG